ACAUGAUCCACGAAACUGUAACUACGUAUAUAUGCCAAUUGACCACGUGGUAUAGGAUAUAUAUUCACCUAGCGUUCUAACAAAUAAUAGUCAUAUAUUUUAUAUUUUAGUAACUAAGUAAUUUUAAAAAAUGAGUAUAGAUAAAGAAGAAAUAAAGAAUAAUUCAGAAACAAAUGAAUUUACUAAACCGAAAGAGAGAAGAAAGCGACAUGCGAAUGAAAGUCGUAUGGAAGUCGAACUAAUUAGUGGUACAGAAGAAAAAAUGAAGUCGCAUAUAACCUCAAAAAGGGCUAAAAUUAUCCAAGAUGGUGAACAAAGAAAGAUAUCUGUACCUGCUCAUAGGUAUACUCCUUUAAAAGAAAAUUGGAUGAAAAUAUUUACACCCAUUGUUGAACAUUUACAAUUACAAAUAAGAUUUAAUUUGAAAACCCGAAAUAUAGAAUUACGGACAGCUCCAGAAACUCCUGAUAUUGCUAAUUUACAAAAAGGAGCUGAUUUUGUAAAAGCAUUUAUUUAUGGUUUUGAUGUGGAAGAUGCUUUGGCUUUGUUACGUUUAGAUGGUUUAUUUGUAGAAACAUUUGAAAUUCAAGAUGUAAAGCCUUUGAAAGGUGACCAUCUUUCUAGAGCAAUUGGGAGAUUAGCUGGAAAGGGUGGAAGAACAAAGUUUACAAUAGAAAAUGUAACAAAGACUAGAAUUGUAUUAGCAGAUAGUAAAAUUCAUAUACUCGGUUCUUUUCAAAACAUACAAUUAGCAAGAAGGGCUAUAUGUAAUUUAAUCUUGGGUAGUCCACCGUCAAAGGUUUAUGGACAACUCAGGAAUAUAGCAAGUAGAGUUUCAGAUCGGUUAUAAAAUAAAUACUACAAAAAUUAAAAUUCACUUAAAGAAGUAUUUGAUAUUUAUAUUUCCUGGGGACUUUAUUAAGAACUAAUCUACCAUCAUAACUCAAUGAUGCGAAUGUCCAAGGGUCAGCAGAUGACCAUUCAACUGCGU